GGCUUUUUGAAUUCCUCAACAUGAACAAAUUGUUUUCAAUAAAUUUCACUAAAAUUAUAAGAUAAACGGCAGUUUUCAUCAAAUAUUUUUUGAAAAACUGAUAUUUAGUGCCAAGUGCAACGUGAAUCGUAACUGCACAAUAACUUUUAAGUGCCAAUAGACAAAAAAUUGUCGAAAAUAAACAAAAAUGAAUUCAUCACACGAAGAUUUCGAUGCCUUUGAAAACAUCCUGCCAAAUGAAGAGAAAGCUACCAAGAGAGCAAAGUACUGGCAAGAUUUCAUGGAGAGAUAUAAAGACGAUGAUGAAAACAACGGAAUGGACAUGGAUGAAAUGCUGGAUUUUGCAGAUGAAUUUGAUGAUAAUAAGUUCUCGGAUGAUGAAAGCGAUGAAUAUUCUACUCGUGCAAUAGAAAAUGCUGCUAAAGUAGAGGAACCUGCUAUGCCUGAGGAAAGUUUAACUUAUUAUUUCAGUGAAGAAUUUCUUCAAGGUCUGAAGAAAAGUUACGAUGAGAAAAUUAAAAAACUUGGAGAACUUAAUCUACCAUUCUGGCAAGUAACUACAGAUAAUUUAAGAAUGCUUGAGCACGAAAACGAGGAAGUGGUUAAAACAAAAGAUUCUCUCACUUUAACGAAAAAUCGCACUCGAGCUACAAAUGUCUCAAGAACUAAUGUUGCUUUGGCUCCAAUGUUUCAAAAUUUUUUGCAAUCCAAUUCUAAUCCAAAACGCGAAAAUGGAAUACUUGAAUUGCAAACUAAUUCAUUGUCAUUGAACGGAAUGUCAUUUUCGGGAACGGGAGAAAAUUCAAUUCUUUCACAACUCCAGCAAGUGCUCGGAAAUAGAAAAUUUAUAAUGAAAGUUCAAGAGCGUGAAUAUAAUAUUGAAGUUGAUGAUUUGAGUACAAACAAUCCUCAAUCAGAAAGCAGCUUAAAAGCCAUUACUUCCAACGCAGAGCCUCAGAAAAACAAGUCAAAGGAUGAUGAUGGAAAAAAUCAUCAAAUACAAAGCAAUGAAGGGCAUCAGGAAGUUAAAAUAUGUAUGGAAACAUCUUCCAAAGAAUUCAAAAAUGAAAGCCAAUUCAAGGGGAAAUCACCUAAUAAAAAAUGUAAAUUAUUAACAGAAACUAGUGAGAUAAUUUCAAUCGAUUCUUCAACUGAUGAGGAACUUGCCAGAAAAAAAGUUGACAAGAAAUCACCGAUGAUGAGUAAAAAUAUUGCAUAUCACAAGUCAAAGAAAGAUAUUUCCAUAACUUCUAUUGAUUCCUCAUUUGCUGAAGAGCUUUCCUACAAAACAGUCGUUCAAAACUCGCCAACUUUGGAUAACAAGUAUGAAAAAGAUAAUCUAAAUCAAACAAAUAGAAAACUACGUCGCUUUGAAACAAAAGUUAUGGAAGUUGAAGAUUCUGUUCAUAAUUCGACAUCAAAUCAGUUUAACAUAAGCAAGCAGACAUCAUCGAAUGAUAACCAAAAGAUCUGCAAUGGUAGAAUCAAAAAUUUUACUAAAAUAAUACGAAAUCCUUCCAUAUCGUCAGAUGAUUCUUCAUCUGAUGAAGAACUUGUUAGAAAGCCUGUCAACAGAAAACCAAAAAAUGUUGGAAAAAAUCUUGAAAUUAGAAAGUCAAUGAAAAAUCAUUCAAUAACUUCAACAGAUUCUUCAUUUAAUGAAGAGCUUUCCAGCAAAACAGGAGACAAUAAACCACCAAUUUUAGAUAAAACUAAAGUUUGUGAAGAUAAAGAUUCUUUCCAUAAUUCAACAUCAAAGCAGAUUGAAUUAAACAAAAAGACCUCAUCGAAUGAUAACGAUAAAAGUUCCACUGACAGAAGACAAUUAAGAAGUAAAAAAACUUAUAAAAAUUUGAAACCAGAGCCUUCUUUACCUUCAAAUGUUGUCCCAUUUGAUGAUGAUAUUGAAAAUUCCAAACUGCAACAAAAGCCUUCAGAUUGUUCUCAAUUUGAAGAAAAACUUACCAGAAAACCAAUGAACCAAAAAUCACAAACUGUUGUUAAAAAUCUUGAUCAAAAUAAUUUAAAUCAAAGACAACAAAACUCUGAACGUUAUGAAACGAAAGCUAGAAAAGCUGAAGAUUCUUUCCGUAACUCAAAAACAAAGCAAAUUGUAAUUAACAAGAAGACAUCAUCGAAUGGUAAACAAAAUAUUUCCAAUGACAGAAGUCAUGUAAAAGAUUCACGGACUACAACCAAGGAUUUUGAAAAUUCCAAAUCAAAGCAAAAGCCUUCCAAACCUUCAGACGAUUCUGAUGAAAAACUUUUCAAAAAACCUGUCAUCAAGAAACCACCAACUUUGAGUAAAAUCUACGAGAAAAAUAGCUUAAAGCAAAAACAAGAAAAUCGUUCACGUUAUGAAACAAACGUUUCUAAGUUUGAAGAUUCUUUCAAUAAUUUAACAUCACAACAAAUUAAUUCAAGCAAGACAACAUCAUCAAAUGAAAAGAAAAAGAUGUCAAAUGAUAAAAGUAAAGAUCAUACACUCUGCAAAAUGAAUUCUUUCAAAAAAGGAAAAGAAGACAAACGGAAUCAUGAAAAUAAUGUUGAAGAUCAUAACAAAAGUAAGCUGUCGAAUCAAAAAACUAGCGACAGAACAAUCCUUACUGACAAAUUAAACCAAACAAUGGUUUAUGUUCCUGAAAUGGACAGCGAAUAACUUUUAAUUUGAUAUUUUCAUUAUUCCGCCAAAAUUUUAAAAAUGAUUUAAAUAAAAUAAAGAAAUAA